AUGUUCCUUUACAAGAAGGUCGCAAUUGUUGGUGCCAGUGGCAGCGUUGGCAGCAUCAUCCUCAACGGUCUCAUUGCGGAUCCCCAGUUUGCCGUUACCGUUCUGUCUCGCUCGGAAAGCAAGGCUACUUUCCCCGGCAAUGUGGUCGUCCACAGGAGUGACUUCUCUGCUAAUGACCUCGAGGCGGCCUUCCAGGGCCAGGAUGCUGUCAUCUCCGCCGUAGGAGCCAGCGCCUUCAACGAACAGAAGAAGCUCGUUGAUGCGGCCGUAAGGGCGGGCGUCAAGCGAUUCAUCCCCUCUGAGUUCUCCGUCAGUAGCCAGAAUGAAACGGUGGUCCAAUUGCUGCCUCUUUUUGGCCAGAAGAAGGAACUCAUCGAGUAUCUCCAGACGAAGGAGUUGGACGGGCUGUCCUGGACCGGUAUUGCUACGUCUGGCUUGUUUGACUGGGGCCUUGCGAACGGCUUCCUUGAAUUCGAUAUUGCUCGUCGCACCGCCAAAAUCUGGGAUGGGGGACAUAAGAGAUUUACUCUUACCAAUGAGAAGCAGCUCAGCCAGGCUGUGGCCUCGGUGUUGAGGCACCCCGAGGAGACCAGGAACCAGUUCCUCCAUAUUGCCUCCGUCGAGACUACUCAGCGGGAGAUCCUGGCGGCGCUUGAGAAGGAGACACGCAGCAAAUGGACUCUUACUGAAACGACGACGGCGGCGCAGAUCGAUGAGGCGCACAAGAAACUGGGUACUGGUGACUUUGGUGGUGCGUUGAUCCUGGUUCGCGCCACUUGCUUUGGCAACACACCGGGGCUCCGUUCCAAUUACGCCACGGAUGAAAAGCUUGCGAAUGAUGUGCUCGGACUCGAACUGGGGAGUGUUGGCGAGACUGUGAAGCGGGUGAUGCAGAGGAUUAAACCGGAGUAA